AUGGCGUAUGACGGGACCGCCGUAAGCACUGCCUUUAGCAUCACGAGCUUUCCAGCACUUGAGAGCUGUCGACUAGACCAAGAAACGGCUUUGCAUCGAAUACGAUCAACAAUACCGGUAAAGAGAUCUUUUUUCCUUCGUCCAAAGUGUUCGGGUAGACCCAAAUACUUGCCUGCUCCUCCCUCCUUAUCAAUCCCGAGGUGUAGUUUAACACGUUGCCGUAUUACCUGCGGGGUCUUAGCUGAGAAGGAGAUUGAGGAUUUUGAUGCAUUAAUCAGUUGUCCGGAAGAUAUCUUGUACUGGUGGAGUAUGUAUAGGAGCGUCGAGCAGGGUUUUCCCUUUUCCUCACCUUAUAAAAGCAGGCCUCCACCCCUUAAAUCUCCCAUCAGAAAUUUAGAAGCGAAGCCCUGCAGAGAAUCCCCGGAGAUCAGAAGCCCUAGCCGUCGACUCUCUCUCUCUUCGCGCCGCCUCUCUCCUCCUCCUCUCUCUUCGCCGCGUCACUUCUCUCCCUCCCUCUCUCCUCGCCGCGUCCCCUUCUCUCUCUCUCGGCCGCGUCUCUCUCUCCUCGCCGUGAGCAGCCGCGAGUGGUGGUGGUGGCCGCGUGCUGUCAUAGAUCGCAGAGCCUGUUUUCUCUUACCUCCUACUCUCAGAUCCAGAUCCAGAUCUAGGCUAAGAACUAUAAGUGGAAAUGUCGACGGUAAGGAAGGAAAUGCACCUGAAACUCAUGGGACCAGAAAUGGGACACACGGAGAUGUCGGAAAGGUAGACAUGUGUGUCUUAAACCCCGUGCCCAAGAACCCCGGUAGGAAAUGGGAAGGGGCGGGUGUUUCACAUUUGAUAGAAACGUGUAGGAACAUACAGAGAUACACGCGUGUUGCUCAUGCAGGUAAAAAAAUUAGAGGUUCCAGAAUAUUCAUAUGGUUCCAUCGUUUGGUAAUUAUAGCAAACAAGACCAAGACGUCAACAACCAACUUGGUUCAUUAUGGAUCGUCCACUUGUCCACCUUUCAAAUCAACCAAUCAUUCUCUCUUUCUCUAUAUAUGUCCUCGAACAAUAACACUACUUCCCCAACCCAAAACAUAAUAUCUUUUUGAAAUAUUUCUACAG